GGUAGCGGCACCUGAGGCCAGGCAGGGUGCACCAUGAGCGGACAAGUCGGGGACCUGAGCCCGCGGCAGGAGGAGGCACUGGCCAGGUUCCGGGAGAACCUCCAGGACGUGCUGCCCACCCUGCCCAAGGCUGAUGACUACUUCCUUCUGCGCUGGCUCCGAGCUCGGAACUUUGACCUUAAGAAAUCCGAGGACAUGCUCCGGAAGCAUGUGGAGUUCCGGAAUCUGCAUGACCUGGACCACAUCCUGACGUGGCAGCCAUCAGAGGUGAUCCAGCUCUAUGACUCAGGCGGUCUGUGUGGCUAUGACUACGAAGGCUGCCCUGUGUGGUUUGACAUCGUUGGGACAAUGGACCCCAAGGGGCUCUUGAUGUCAGCUUCUAAACAGGACAUAAUCCGGAAGCGGAUCCAAGUCUAUGAGCUGCUUCUUCAUGAGUGUGAGCUGCAGAGUGAAAAGUUGGGCAGGAAGAUUGAGAGAAUGGUGAUGGUAUCCGAUGUGGAAGGGCUGGGCCUGAGGCACCUGUGGAAGCCAGCUGUGGAGGUCUACCAGCAGUUUUUUGCCAUCUUGGAAGCAAAUUAUCCUGAGACGGUGAAACAUCUAAUCGUUAUUCGAGCUCCCAAGCUUUUCCCGGUGGCCUUCAACCUGGUCAAGCCCUUCAUGGGUGAGGUGACGCAAAAGAAGAUAGUGAUUCUGGGCGCUCACUGGAAACAGGAGCUACUCAAGUUCGUGAGCCCUGAUCAACUCCCUGUGGAAUUCGGGGGGACUAUGACUGAUCCUGAUGGCAACCCCAAGUGCCUGACCAAGAUCAACUACGGGGGUGAUGUACCCAAGCACUAUUUCAUGUGCAAGCAGGAGAGGCUGCAGUACGGGCACACUGUGGUUGUGGGCCGAGGCUCUUCCCACCAGGUGGAGAAUGAGAUCCUGUUCCCAGGCUGUGUGCUCAGGUGGCAGUUUGCAUCCGACGGUGGAGACAUUGGCUUCGGGAUUUUCCUGAAGACCAGGAUGGGGGAGCGGCAGAAGGCCGGGGAGAUGGUGGAGGUGUUGCCCAGCCAGCGCUUCAAUGCCCACAUGGUCCCUGAGGAUGGGAGCCUCACCUGCCUCAAGGCCGGAGUCUACGUCCUGCGCUUUGACAACACCUACAGCCUCCUGCACACCAAGAAGGUCAGCUACACAGCAGAGGUGCUGCUCCCAGACAAGGCCUGUGAGGAGACUUUGCAGGGCCUCCAAGCAACGAGCCCUCCUCAGGACAGUGAAGACUCUGGCCGCCUCUGACCCUGCUCCAUUCAACUCCUUCGCACACUCCAACCCCCUUCCCCCCGAGGCAGAGUGACGCUGAAGAUGGCUACAGAGCUCUCCAACCCCACCUCCAUCUCAGCCUCCCCAAGACCGCUUAGACACAUGCCAGAACGUUCAUCCCUUGUACCUAGAGAAUGGGGUUGAGGGCAACACCAGACAUCCGCUGGUUUGUUCUCGUCCUCCUGAAGACACCCACCUACCCAGGACUCAGCCAUGCCCGGUGUCCCAGCUGGAAUUGGGUUACAGGAGCUCCGUGUCCUGUUCUCCUCUGGGAGCAGAGCUGCAGAGCUGCAGGCUGGCUUCGGCAAGGAAGAGAAGGGCCAGCUGGAGGCGGCUGGGAGGGCUGGGAGAGAAGGGUGAGGCCCCAGCAAAAGCAGAGCAUCAAGGCCUUUGUAAAUCCCCCCUUCCCUUGGAAGGGGUAGCAGAGGUGGAGAGGCAGAGCUUGACAAGGUUGAGCAGGUUGCUGGGUCUAAUGAAGAGGCACUCACACAAACACACACACACACACACACACACACACCCCUACACACACACCUGCUAGGAGUCUGCUGAUACUCAACACAGACUCUUUCCUUUUUCAUAAGGCAGUUGCCCAGGCCAAACCGUCUUCAAACUCACUGUAUAGCCCAGGCUGCCCUCACUGUAUAGUGCUGCCCUCUUCAGUGUCUGUGCUGAGAUUACAGACGUGCACCACUAUACCUGACAAUCUUUAGUUCUUUCUGGCCCGAGUGGAACUCAGAACCAAGCUAAGCUGCAGAGAGGUACCGGUACUGGAGUGCAGGAUGAAUCAUUCUGGGGGUUCACCCUGGCCUCUUACUGGCUUCUUGGAGAACCUUCCAACUUGCCAUUCCCAUUCGUGUCUCAAGGAGAGAGUUGAAAGGCAGCUGCCUGCAUCCCUUCCACACAUGAUCCAGGAAGUAGCGGAUGAUGGUUCUGCCGGUGAUAUCUCAAAGGCUGAGCCUCCUAGCAUCCACAGGUAGUCAACCAGCCCACCAUUGGGUGGACUGAACCUAAGAGCAGACUCUGCGGACCUAGGCUGUGCUUCACUUCUCCCUCCUGGGCCUCUGGCUGGGACAGAAGACUGUAUCCCACAUACGAUCGCUCAGACACUGCCAUGGAGUCAUGGAUGCUGCCUUCUUUGUCCUUCUAUGCUUCUUGGCAAACUCUCCCUGGAAUUAAUGUAAAUGUAACUUUUAUUCUCCUAAGGUAAUUAUCUCUGAGGCUUAUUAUAAGCCUCUAUCUGCUAACCUAAGCCUAGCCCUGGAAGCUUCUAGCCUCCAUAUAAUCUAAUCUAGGCCUAGAAUGCUUUCAGCCUCUGAGAUUUGCUGCUGAUUAAGUUCACCCUUUCUAGUUCUUUCUAAACUCUUGCUGGCUAGUUCAACUCAACGGUUCUGGCUCAAACUCUAAGAUGACUGAUACCAUCUGGCUUCUCUCUUGGCCUCUGACUGAAUUGUUCUGCUUGGUCUCGUACUAACUUUGGCAAUAUGCUCUAAUCUUCUGGCUCCUUUUCACUCUCUGGCUCAUUCUGUCUUCAUCUGUGUCUAGCUUUUUCUCUCUUCAGUCUGUCUCUAUAAAACCCUCCCAGUAAAAACUGCCUCUGAGUUCCACAAACUUAACUUCCAUAAACUCAACUCCACUGCACUGCCCACAGAACUACCCAAACAGAAUUGACUAGAACUCAGAGAUCUACUUGCCUCUGUCCUGAUAAAAGACAUGUACCACUGCAUCUGUACCCAAGGAUUUCUUUACCUGAAACCUGCUCUGUGCUAGGCUUAAACUCAGAUCUGCUUGCCCUCUGUCUCCUGGGAUUAAAGGUGUGUCUGCAUUUCAUCUGGAGCACACAGACCUAGGUCUUUGGAUGUUAUAACUUGACAGACCAGCCAUGUAUGUUCUGAAUUAAAAUUCUUUUACAAAUUAAUGA